GUGCCUAUGAUCCGUUCGGACAGCACUAGCACCUCGGCCAGCGACGCCAGCGAGCCGCAGCUUUGGUGCAAGGUUGAUCCGACGUUUGGGCGACGUGUCGCCACUCCGCAGUACCACGAUGCGUCAGGCUUAUACAACUCCUUCAGCGCAGUGGCGCACGAGGCGGCGCAGAUUUCGGAGAAUCUGUCCGAUGUGCCUAUGAUGCGUUCGGACAGCGCCAGCGCCUCUGGCAGCGACUCCAGCGAGCCGCAGCUUUGGUGCCAGGCCGGUCUGCCAAAUCGUGAUGGUCGCGGUUCCACUGCCUCUGAUGCUUAA